AGCCGGGGGACAGCAUCGGCACCCUCCUCCUCCUCUUCCUCCUGCUGCUGCUGCCGCCAACGUGCAAAAAAAUUUUAAAAAAUAAAUAAAAGGCAAGAAGCGAGAGGCGCGGGCGGGGCCGCGACCCCCCAAAACCAGCCGCUCCGAGAACAACUCCAAGCCCGGGAAUGAGCCAUCGGAGCCCGAGGGCGGCCGCCUGCGCCUGACGCUAGAGACCGACACCGAGAGAGAGAGGAAAGGGGAGGGUGGAAGGGGGUGGAAGUCAGCGCCGCCCUGCCAGGCCGCGGGACCGGCCUGCUGCCCCGAUCCGGCCCCGGACGAGUUUGGAGGCUUGCUCGGGAUCCUUCUGGGGCUUUUUUUGUUGGGGAGAGGGAGGGGGUCCAUGACCUACUGACGCCGCCAGCGGUGCGUGGAGGCUGCACGGACCUUCCUCCCGGCCCCGCGGGCAAAAGCCGCCCAAACUUUGCAGGCGCGGGAGGAGGAAGAAGAGGAAGAGGAGGAGGAGAGGGGGGCGCUGCCCCCGACUCGGCGCUGCCUCCCCGCUCGCUCCCCGGCUCCGGGAGGGGAGAGGGGCCGGGCUGCGGCUGCGGGGCUUGGUGCUGGGAGCCGCCGGCUCUCCCCGGCGCUGGGGCCGCUGCCGUCGUGCGAAGGAAGCUGCAGCCCCCGCUAAAGCAUUGGAUCCCUCAACGUACUGCGAGAGCCCGGUGUACAGCCCGGACCUGUGCCCCAACAUGAUCGCCGCGCAGGCCAAGCUGGUGUACCAGCUCAACAAGUACUACACGGAGCGCUGCCAGGCGCGCAAGGCGGCCAUCGCCAAGACCAUCCGCGAGGUGUGCAAGGUGGUGUCCGACGUGCUCAAGGAGGUGGAGGUGCAGGAGCCGCGCUUCAUCAGCUCGCUGAGCGAGAUCGACGCCCGCUACGAGGGCCUGGAGGUCAUCUCGCCCACCGAGUUCGAGGUGGUGCUCUACCUCAACCAGAUGGGCGUCUUCAACUUCGUGGACGACGGGUCCCUGCCCGGCUGCGCCGUGCUCAAGCUGAGCGACGGCCGCAAGCGCAGCAUGUCCCUCUGGGUGGAGUUCAUCACGGCCUCGGGCUACCUGUCAGCGCGCAAGAUCCGCUCCCGCUUCCAGACGCUGGUGGCCCAGGCCGUGGACAAGUGCAGCUACCGCGACGUGGUGAAGAUGAUCGCGGACACGAGCGAGGUCAAGCUCCGCAUCCGCGAGCGCUACGUGGUACAGAUCACGCCCGCCUUCAAGUGCACUGGCAUCUGGCCCCGCAGCGCGGCGCAGUGGCCCAUGCCGCACAUCCCCUGGCCCGGCCCCAACCGCGUGGCCGAGGUGAAGGCGGAGGGCUUCAACCUGCUCUCCAAGGAGUGCUACUCCCUGACGGGCAAGCAGAGCUCGGCCGAGAGCGACGCCUGGGUGCUGCAGUUCGGCGAGGCCGAGAACCGCCUGCUCAUGGGCGGCUGCCGCAACAAGUGCCUCUCGGUGCUCAAGACCCUGCGGGACCGGCACCUGGAGCUGCCCGGCCAGCCGCUCAACAACUACCACAUGAAGACGCUGCUGCUGUACGAGUGCGAGAAGCACCCGCGGGAGACCGACUGGGACGAGGCGUGCCUGGGCGAUCGCCUCAACGGCAUCCUGCUGCAGCUCAUCUCCUGCCUGCAGUGCCGGCGCUGCCCCCACUACUUCCUGCCCAACCUCGACCUCUUUCAGGGCAAGCCCCACUCAGCCCUCGAGAGCGCGGCCAAACAGACCUGGCGGCUAGCCCGGGAGAUCCUCACCAACCCCAAAAGCCUGGACAAGCUAUAGGGCGGCCCGGCCCAGGACUUGUGUUGCACCGGGAGCACCGGACCCCCUCCCCGAGCCGCCCGGCCCCGCUCGCCAGGCCAGAGCGCUGCCGCCCUCCUUGCACGGAAGAGACUUUCCUCUGUCCUGCCCCUGACAACUUUCUUUCCUUUUUCUUUUUUCUUUUUUUUUUAAUCUUUGAAAAAACAAACCUCCCCCCCAGAGAAGCACUUGGACUUUGCCACCUCCACACGGCCCCCCACGCAGGUACACUUUCCGAUCCGUGUCUAGUCCUUCUUUUCUUACCUCUCUCUCGUUUGCCUGAAUGUUUGUCACCAAGUGAAAAAAAAAUUAUUUAACUCUAUGUACAAAUUUCACUUUAAAACGAAAAAAAAAAAAAAAGCAGCAAAAGUUUGACUGGUGUGAAAUUGUAUUUCGGGGCCGAGGGCGGAUGAUACGCCUCGAGCCUGAUUUGUUGCAAACAGUAAUAAAAAAAUAAUAUUACUUUAACUUGA